GGAGGUAAGACACUUGAUAGAAGGAUGAUGGCAAGGCUGUGGCUGCUCAUUCUCCUGGGCUCGGCGUGGAGUCCUCCAUGUCUGCCGUCGAGUGAGUUCACAGAACGCCUCCUCGGUACGCCGCAAGAGUGUAAAGAUGCCGAAUUUGUCCCAGGUCACAAUCUAGGAGGAGAGGGCUUUGACAUUGUCAAGAUGGAGCGCAAAGGUGCCUAUGUCAUCGACACUGAGAAAUGGGAGCGUGACAAUGGCACUUGCAUACUGUACAGAAAUAGCUACCUGAACAACAUCAAGCAGAAGAUUCCAGUUGCUAUGGCGGACUGGAGAGCCCUCAGCCAGUGUAAGAUGCAGGUGUCCAGCACUUUUUACGAAUCUGCCGAAUCUCUUGUCAAGGACUCCACAUCGACUGUGACCAAUGAUUGGAAAGUUGGCCUUGACAUCCCUGCAGGCCCUGCCAGUGUUGGGGUGGCCUUUGGAGGGUCCCACUCUAAUGCAGCCACCUUUGCAAUGCAGAAGUCUAAACAGGACAUGUAUACCUUUUUUCACCAUGCCGUCAACUGUGGCUUCUACAGCUACAGAAUGGUAACAGAUCCUCCACAUAGUCAUGAAUUUGAUAAGGCCAUCAAUUCCCUUCCUUCAGUUUACUCAAAGAAAACCAAGCCGGCAUAUUAUCAUGUGAUUGACACAUAUGGUACACAUUAUAUCAUGCAUGUGAUCCUGGGAGGGGCACUGAGCUCACUCACUUCCAUCAAGACUUGCCAGGCCACCAUGAAUGGACUGACAGAGACAGAAGUCAAGGACUGUUUGACAGUUGAAGCCUCGGCUACAUUUCCAGCCACUGCCAGGCUGAGUGCAAUGUACAAACACUGUCAGGAAAAGAAGAAGAAGAUGGGCUCUAACGAAAGUUUCAACAGCAGGUUCAGUGAGCGGACCACAGAAAUCACUGGUGGAAAAGUCAGUGAUGCUGAUCUCCUCUUUAAUGCACAAGCAAACCGCGAAGCCUACUCCAGCUGGUUGGACUCACUGAAAACCAUCCCUGAUGUGAUCCGCUACAAACUGAAGCCCCUGCACACAAUCCUGAGAAAAAAUCAUCCUGCCCGUGCUGGACUGAAGAACGCACUGAAGCAGUACAUUAUAAGCAAUGCACUAGUAAAAAAAUGCUCAAGAACCUGUAAGGUGGGACACAGGUCCAGCGCAAGGGACCGUUGUGCUUGUGUCUGCAACAGUGACCAGGUCAUCAAGUCCAACUGCUGUCCUGCCGAGAAAGGCCUCGCAAGAUUGAAGGUGUUCAGGCUGUCUGCGGAGAAGCUGUACGGUGACAGAUGGAGUAAGACAGAUGGUAUAGUGAUGGUCAAAUUUGGAAAUCAGGAAAAGCGUACCUCCAUGAUAUUAAAUAAUGAUAAUCCUAAAUGGCCAGAGAUGUUUGACUUCGGACCCAUCAAAAUAGACCAGACAACCAAACUUGAGUUCAGUGUUUAUGAUGCAGACAAAUACUGGAACAGCGAUCUCCUUGGCAAGUGCUCAUUUUAUCUGCACCGUGGGAAAAGGAGCGACAGCUGCAUGUUUAAACACGGUACCUUCUUCUUCACCUACAUGGUGGUGUGUGCGCCAAGUCUCGGAGGUUCGCAAUGUAGAGACCACAUCCCCUCUCCCAUGGAGCCCUCGCUGGCCAAGGUCUUCUACACCAGAAAUGGAGUCCUUGCUGGAGAGAGUGGGCUGCAGCAGUUUAAGUGGUUUAAGCAGUCAGGCUGAUUGCAGAAUGCUUCGUUAAG